UUUCCUCUCAUUACUCACUCUACCUCAACUUGCACAUAGUGAAACAGGGCGCGGCAUUGUGAGGACACAGGGGCGAGAGAGAGGGAGAGAGAGAGAGAGAGAGAGAGAGAGAGAGAGAGAGAGAGAGAAAAGAGAAGUAUGAGCAGCGGUGCACGGUAACACACAGAGACACGUGCACACUGAAGUGCGUUGGGCUGUGUCUUGAUGAGCUCGGUGAUUCAACUUUUCUGCAAUCGAAGACUUUGGGGGCCACAGGACCGCCUGGUUGAUGACAGUGUCGAGGUUCUGAGCCCGGUCCCCGACAAAGGCGCCUCUAAAAAUAAGAAGAAAGGUGAAGGAGGGAGGAACUCAAGAGUCUUUUCCGGCCCCGUCGGUGCUCAAACGCUGUCGAAUCCGAUUGUUGCCACGAUAGUAGGCCUUCCCGGUGCCAGGUCGGCAUGACGCUUUGCUGUGCUGAGAAGAUACCGAACUUUACUCUCUAACUCCUGACAGAGAGAGAGAGAGAGAGAGAGAGAGAGAGAGAGAGAGAGAGAGGGGAGAGAGAGAGAGAGAGAGAGAGAGAGAGAGAGGGGGAGAGAGAGAGAGAGAGAGAGAGAGAGAGAGAGAGAGAGAGAGAGGUGCAACAAUUGCCGAAGGAACACUGCAAAAGGACUUAAACGCUUAAACAAGGAGGAGAAGAUCAGACUUUUUACAGAAUUCGUUGACUACGUCGAAUCAUGUUGUCUGCAAAUGCAGGUUGGUUUCUUUCCCCGCUUCGAAUUCUGCUUCCACUUCUCGCUGUCCCCUUCCUCCUUACACCAGAGGCCGAUCUUACCAUCUCAACUGCAAUCAUCCCUAACACCAAGGAACCGUUCAUGCAAAAUGGCCGACCAACGAUCGGUACGACCGGACUGCCCACCAUGGUUACUGUACCGAGUGAAGAACCAACCACAAGUCUAGGAGUCCAAAGGAUACAGGCCCAGGGGCCUGAGUCACCCUCUACAACGCCCUGGCAAGCUAUUCUCCAGAGGUCAGAGAACCACACCGAGGCAACGACCCCCGCCGGCACUAGUUUAGAUACCACAUCCCAUGUUCCCGAGGCUGAGGCCUCGCCCACGGCGAGCUAUCACACGGAGGCUCUUGUGAGGUCAACCAGCGCAAGGCUUGAGUCAACGGAGGCAGCAGCGGUAGUCUCUGAGGCCACCACAGCCUACGCCACACCCAUCCUCGCAACCACCGACACCAGCCCCGGGCUCGCAGCCGCGACGACCUCAGGCUCUCAAACCCUCCGCUCCUCUGAGGCCUUCGCCACGUCUCGCAGCAGCGCGGCGACUCCGGAUACGCCCACGCCCACGCGACCCCCCGCCGCCACCGUCGGGGGGCGGAGGUUCUUCUCCGUCCUCACGACCCCCUCCCCCGGCUCCCCCCCGUCGAGCCAGACUCCAGCGGCGUUUGGUCCGCUCGGCCGGCCCUCGUCCCCGUGAACCUGACCCCUACCCGGGGGCGCAGAAGUUCCCCGUCCUCUGGACCGCGCUGGUGGUCCUGCUGGCCGUGGCCGUCCUGGUGGGCGCCCUCUGCCUGUGCUUGUGUGUCAGGCGGAGGAUGAAGCGGAGCCGGGUGCUUCACUUCGGGAGCCGCGGCUCCAAGAAGAACAAAGGGAAGGAGGGCGACGCCUGGGCCGGCCCGGUGGCCAUGAGCAGCAUGGCUGCCGGGGCGACGGCGAGGGAGGAGGCGGGGGACGAGGAGGAAGAGAAGAGGAAGGGCGGGGGGAGGAGGAGGUGCUACUGAGCACCUUUGGGGUGGACGGGACGGGGAGAAGCUCCCCCAACGGGAGGAGGGGAGCGGGGAGGGCAGAGGAAUUACCGAUGUUGUUCAUCGAUGAAGACGAGGUGGAGGGGGAGGCAAAAGAUGGAGCAAACAAGCUGGAGGGCGGAGGAGGAGGAGGAGAGGUGGAGGAGAAGGGGAAGGAGAAGGAUGGUAAAGGACUCAAUGGGAAUGAACAGACGAAUGGAGGCACUUCAUUCUCCUACAUCACGGCGGUCUGAGGACUGUGCUACUAGGAUGGAACGUGAUGAUGAUGUUGCAGCAGACUGGUAUUUUUCGAUUGGACUUCUACUUGCUGAAACCUGAAUUGCCUCUGUACAUAGCCGUACACCUCUAGUUCUGUAUAUAGUGCUUUUCGUGCUUCGAAAUGCUUAUUUUUCACUUAAACUUGGGGAAGACCCUUUACAAUUUUUUAUCAGAUAGAAAUCAUGGGUGUCAAAUGCUCUUAUUACAAUCCUUUCUAGUUUUGUAUUAAUACAUUGAAUAAAAGCAAUGCGUAUUUACUCAAGAUCCAUGCAAACUUUUAUAUCGACUUUAUUGACAGCCUUCUGUACUUUGUAUAGAGUUUUGCUUUAGAGUCUUUUUCGUUUCUUUUUUAAUGCAAGUAGGCCUCAUAAUUCAUAAAAGAAUAUGCAAUUAUUAUGAAAGAGCAUUGUCAAAUUGAAAAUGUAUUGAUUAUAGUUGAAAGAAAGAAAAAAAAAGAGCUUUCAUGAAUAAAAUAUAAUACUGCGAUACAGCAAGAGUAACCUGAUGCUAAGGUAUAUUUUUUGUCACAAAAUAGUAGUCUUAAUGUCAAAGGUUUUUCACAGAUUACUGAUCAGCCUAAAUUUUCCCCAUUUUUCCUAUUUACAUCCAAGCAAAAAGUCGGAAAAAACUGUGUCUCUGCUUCCCACAUUGCCGCCCAAAAUGCUGGUAUGAUUAUGAAUAAAGUAUUUCAGACCGUG